AUGAGCUCGUCUCGUACUAUUUUCCUCUCAUUUGUGACGCUCGCCGUCGUCAACACCGCCAGCGUCGCGGCUCAGCAGCCCACGCGCCAGGGAACAGCCAACACCUUCAAAGUCGUUGGGCACAGUGGCGUAUCUGCUCAGCAGGGCGUCCGGGCAAGGCAGGUCUACAUUGUCGACAAGGUAGAAAAUAAUCAGGUUCAGGUCAAUGGUCAUCCCGCAUGGGCAGUCGAAUAUGAUCUGGCAACAGACACUAUUCGUCCUAUGGACGUUGUCACAAACUCAUUCUGUGCUGGAGGCGGUGUGACUGGGGACGGAACAUGGCUCAAUCUUGGCGGAAAUCAAGCUGUAACUUGGGGUGGAAACACGGCAGACAGCCAGACUGGGGGUUCGGCGCCCUACAUGAGCGUGGAUGGUGGCAGAUCCAUACGUUUCCUCACUCCUUGUGACGAUCAGCAAUGCCAGUGGAUCGACGAUCCCGCUCGGUAUAUGACCACCAGGCGCUGGUACCCGACCUUGGAGAACCUUCCAGAUGGCUCCCUAAUCGUCUUGGGUGGCAAUCAAUGGGGUGGCUUCGUCAACGACGCUGGCCAGAAUAACCCAACUUAUGAGUUCUAUCCCUCGAGAGGUGCUCCAGUUGGCCUCAAUAUUCUUGCGACCACACUCCCGGCCAACCUAUUCCCGUUCACCUUCCUUUUACCAUCGGGGAACAUCUUCAUUCAGACUAACUGGGGCGCCGAAGUAUUCGACUACGCGAACAAUGUCGAAUAUACAUAUCCUAAUAUCCCUCACGCUGUCCGCACCUAUCCAGCGUCUGCCGGGAACAUGAUGCUUCCUCUCACACCGGACAACAACUAUCAAGCAACAAUCCUCUUCUGUGGAGGUAGCGACCUGGAACCUGAUCAGUGGACGCAAGACUGGGAUAUUGCCUCGUAUCCAGCUGAUGCCACUUGCGUCAAUAUCACUCCAGAUGUCAGCCAGACGUGGAACGACGACGACUCGAUCGGUCAAGGACGCACUAUGGGUAAUAUGAUUGGUCUCCCAGAUCUCAAGGUGCUCCUUAUUAAUGGUGCCAAUACUGGUGUCGCUGGUUACGGCAAUGUAUCCUGGGCUCGCGGUCACUCUUAUGCUGAUAACCCGAUCCGUACUCCGCUCAUUUACGACCCAGCGGCUCCUGCUGGUUCGCGCUGGACGUCGGCAAACCUUCCAGAGUCGACUGUCAACCGCAUGUACCACAGCGGUGCUCUUCUCCUUCCUGAUGGCUCCGUCUUCGUCGCCGGAUCCAAUCCAAACCCAGACGUUAUUACGGGCGCUGGUGUCGCCUAUCCUUGGGAGGACCGCACGGAAAUCUUCUUCCCAUGGUAUUACGAUAAACGCAGGCCCGAGCCUCAAGGUCUUCCUUCAAGCGUGGGCUAUGGUGGCGCGUACUUCAAUGUUACUCUCUCCAAGACGGAUCUGGAGGACAAGCCAGCCAACAUCAAGAACGCCAAGGCUGUUAUCAUUCGUACCGGCUUCUCGACUCAUGCGUUCAACAUGGGCCAGCGCGUUUUGCAACUGAAGACGACGUACACAGUCGCUGACGACGGAAGCGCUACACUUCAUGUCAGUCAGCUGCCUGCCAAUGCUGCAGUGUUCCCUCCUGGCCCUGCCAUGCUGUUCAUUACUGUCAACGGCGUGCCGUCUAUGGCGCAGUGGAUCAUGGUCGGUUCGGGCAAGAUUGAGACGCAGCCAACGUCAACCGAGGUUCCGCUACCGGAUAGCUACAUUCCUGCAUCGGAGGAUAGUGACGGCGGCAGCAGCGGUGGAGACGGCGGGCACAAUGCUGCAAUGGCAAACGUGCAAAUCAACCAAGGGCUGAUUGCUUCGCUCAUGGUGGGCCUAUUUGCCACGCUGCUUGGCGCGACGAUGCUAUAA